AUGGAGUUGCUCACCCAGAUUGACUUGCUUCGGCGCGGUGAAUCCGCCAACUUCCCCAAGGACGCCAACUCAUUGGCAUUUGCUCGAAAGCUAGAUUCCCAAGACGCUUUGAAGGAUCUACGCAAUGAGUUCAUCAUUCCAACCGAAGAAUCUCUUGCAAAGACAAAAUUAGGACUAGAUGGCAAUAUACCCAGCGAAACUUCGUCAAAAGAAUGCGUAUAUCUAGUCAGCCACGGUCAAGGGCUGCAACCAAGGGCCGUCCGCCACUAUCUAAACGCCCAACUCGAGACGUGGGCGUCCAUCGCUGUCCGUGGACACUAUACUGACGUAGUUAAUUCUCCCAUAAAGCAGUGGCAAGACAUGGCGGAAGAAUGUUCCGUCAAAUUUGCCGAUAUCGUGGGGUGUCUUCCUGACGAAGUCAUUAUAAUGAACGGCUUAUCUAUUAACUUACACCUGAUGAUGGUGUCCUUCUAUAAGCCCACUAGACAGAGACACAAGAUCAUAGUUGAAUGGAGCCCAUUUCCCAGUGAUCAACAUAUCGUUGAAAGUCAGGUUAUGUGGCACAGUCUAUACGAGCCUAGCCAGAGCAUCGUCAGGAUUCCCCCAAAUGACGAUGGCUGCACAUUCUCGACAGAGACAAUUCUAAGUGUCAUUGAUCAACAUGCUGGAGAAACAGCGCUUCUCCUCCUGCCUGGUGUCCAUUUUUAUUCUGGUCAGCUCUUUGAUAUCCCAACGAUAUCAGCGCAUGCUAGAAAGCAUGGCAUCACUGUGGGCUGGGAUCUCGCCCACGCUGUUGGCAAUGUCGAGCUUCGGCUGCAUGACUGGGACGUGGACUUCGCCUGCUGGUGCAACUACAAGUAUAUCAAUAGCGGACCAGGAUCUCUCGGUGGCGCAUUCGUUCACCAGCGGCACGGGAGUGUUGACUUCGACGCCGGCGGUGACCACGUCUACCGUGCUCGACUUUCGGGCUGGUACGGCAACGAAAAGAGCACACGAUAUAGCACGAAUAGAAGGUUUAAGCCUACACUCGGGGCAGCGGGCUACCAGGUAUCGAACCCGUCAAUGAUGGAUCUAGCUACCUUGUCUGCAGCGCUUACAGUUUUUGACAAGACGUCAAUGCGUUGCUUGCGGUCAAAGUCUCUUGUCUUGGCCGCAUAUACAGAGUACCUGCUGGAUCAAUCAUUAAAUGAGACGACAGCUGAUGGACCCCUGAUUACUUUGAUAACACCCAGGGAUUCAUUACAGCGAGGUGCGCAGCUGAGCCUACGAUUUCAAGAUAGCAUCACAUUGAAUGGCGUCAUGGAAGCUCUUGAGCAUGAAGGAAUUAUCUGUGAUAGACACAGACCUGAUCUGAUGCGGAUCUCUGCUGCGCCUCUUUACUCGCGAUUUGAAGAUGUGUGGCGAUUUAUGUCAGCGCUCAUAGACAGUUUGGCACUUUCUCGUUUGCUUGUGUCUAGCGAUCUAGUCCAUUUGAAUGGAAGUACAUAG